AUGGAACUCGCUCUUGUAAAAUAUAUUCCAAGAAGCUCAUAUUAUGAAUUCGACAGAGAUCAGGAGUUUUAUGAUAGAAAUCCUCAUCCAUCAAUUGAAGAAAUGAUAUGUAUUUCAAAGGAAACAAGUAUUGAUUACAGUCAAAUAUUUAAAAGAUUCUCUGAACUUCGAUUGAAAAAUGGAGAAACAUGUUCAAAAAAUGAUACUUGUAUAAAAGUAUUCAAAUAUUUCAAUUGUGAUGACACAUUCAACGGAACUAUAAAUAAGAGACUUUUGAGAAUGAUGAAUGAUGAGUUUGAAUUCGUUGGAAGAAGAGAGAAACUACCAAUCGAAAACCUUCAUUUGCUUAUGCAAGGAACUCGUCUUCCAGAGAAAACAAUUGUGGAAGAAUACACGAAAUGGAGACUGAAAGAAGACUUUGAAAUUGGUUUGACGACUGGAAUGAAACAACAUCUUUAUUCUGUAUUUCAAAACAAUCCAUUUAUGAAUAGUGACAGAUUGAAGAGGUUGGCUGACAAUACACGUCUCGACGCGGAACAAAUGCAAGCUUUUUUUGAUUCCUGGAGUUGUAAACGACGAUUGAAAAAACACAAAUCUGUUCCUUCAAAAAAGUUCGCUUGGAUGGAUGACAGUUUCGAUGAUGAUGACAAUGAAUCAUCUGAUCCAGUAGAUAUACUUCCUCUCCAUUUAGAUGUGGCUCAUAAAAUGGAGGAUACCAAUCAACAUGAAGUGAGCAGAUCAGAAUCGAGAAUUUCCGAGGAAGAAAGUCAAGAAGCCGAUGAAAAACUUUUAAAUUUGCUGGAUUCCUCUCUUAACCAAUUUCCAAUGGAUUUGGAAUAUUUUGAGAGAAAUAGACAUCCAUCGAUUCAAACAAUGAUAAAUAUAUCGAUAGAAGUUGAUGUUCCAUAUGAAACAGUAAUCAAGCGAUAUUUCGAGUUGAGGAUGGUUGUUCGAGAAAGAUGUAAAAGAAAUGACACUUGUCGGAAGAUAUUUCAAUUUCUAGAAGAGAAAGAAGACGUUUUACUCGACGAGAGAAAUAAAAAACUGCUGGAAAAGGAGUUUUCAGGAAUCAAAUAUGCUGAUCGCUAUCAAGUAGUUGGUCAAUUUCAUUUAAUUAUGGAUAAGAUAUGUUUACCACUCCAUUUUGUUCAUAGGAAGUAUAAGGAGUGGUUUGAAAUGCGGAAAGUUCGGAAGCAGAUUAACAGGAAACUACAACAUCAAUAUUUGAAAUCAAAGUUCAAAAAGUCUACGAUACUUUCAAGAGAAAGGUCGAUUGACCUAGCAAGAAAGUGUGGUCUCACGCCAUCAUCUGUUCAACGAUUUUUCACGGUUUUGAGAAAACAGGAACGGGAUGGUAUGAGAAACAAUCUUCUCAAAAACGGAUUGUCCAGAUAA